AUGGUUAAUAUUACUAUUCAAAAGUCAUUUCUUAAAGUUAUCACUUCAGGCUCUCUUUUGAAAACCCCGUCAAUCCGACGACAAAUAUACACCUUCAAUGAUAAGCCUCCAAUUCGUCGUAUGCCUCCACCACCAAUUAAUCAAUACAAACGUUUUCAACAGGCGCAACCUUUCUAUCAAAAAAAAGUCUUUUGGGUCUAUACCGGGGUGAUAGGCGGCCUUGCUGGCACAUAUUACUUAAACCACCUGGAAACUGUGCCAAUUACUGGACGACGGAGGUUCAUUGAUAUCACGCCAAAACAGGAGGAGCUCAUGUCCCAGCAAUCUUAUAGUCAGAUAAUGUCAAUAUAUCGUAACAAAAUCCUACCGUCCCGGCACCCCGAUACACAGUUUGUGCGUAGAGUUGCCGAGAGAAUAAUAAAAGUUAGCGGGAUGGAACAUUUGCAUUGGGAGUUUUAUGUAAUUGCUUCGCCAGAAAAAAAUGCAUUCGUACUUCCAGGUGGAAAAAUUUUUGUGUUUACCGGUAUUUUACCGGUCACUAAAAAUGAAGAUGGGAUGGCCGCAGUUUUAGGACAUGAAAUUGGACAUCAAAUAGCUCGUCAUAGUGCCGAAAAACUUUCUUUUGUUAAAAUUUUGUUUUUCACUCAAGUUCUCCUCAGCUUAAUAGUUGAUCCGGGUUUAUUAAGUCGCGUGUUUUUUGAACUUGGAAUAAUGAUGCCGUUUUCGAGAAAAUGUGAAACAGAAGCAGAUUAUAUCGGGCUCCUAUUAAUGGCUCAAGCAUGCUUCGAUCCCACGGAAGCCAAAAAUGUUUGGAUAAGGAUGAAUCAAGUACAAAAAAUUGCGCCACCGCAAUUUCUAAGCACUCAUCCGGCCAAUAAAACGCGUAUUCAAAAAAUUGAAGAAUGGAUGCCUGAAGCUAUGCAAAAACGUGCCAGCAGUGAUUGUGAACAAAGCAUGGCGGGCUUUAGAGACGCGUUUGAUAGGAUGAGAGAGAAAAUGGUGCGACUUGCAGUCUAUGGCGCGGUUAGCACCUUCUUAGCAUUUUUGGUUGUUGCAGCGGCCUUUCGACAGAGAAGUAAUUUCUAUGCGGCUUGCAUAUAUCUUUCAAAAUCUAGUGCUUGUAUGAUGAUUUUGAUGAAUAUGGGAUUUUUCUUAAUGAUAAUAUUUGGACAAAUUUUACAACACAUGUUCUUUGGAAGAUUGCGGGCUUUAGAAAUCGAACAUUUAUAUGAACGAGCUUGGUACGCGGUUACUGAAACUUGCCUGGCAAUGACUAUUUUUCGAGAUGAGUUUGACACAAGAUUUUUCGUGACUUUUACAACAUUGCUAUUCUUGAAAACCUUUCAUUGGCUAUGUCAAGAUCGAGUUGAAUAUGUGAGUAAUAUGGAACAAUUGAGGGUUGUGCGUUUUUCUUUUCAUCUUCGAAUGGUUGCCCUCAUGGAAAUCUUGUGUGCUGUGGACUUCAUUUUGGUCUUUUAUGCUGUUGAUGUCACAAUGAAAAAAGGUCCUAAUAUGAUGAUUAUGUUUGCCUUUGAGUAUGCGAUUCUUGCCGCAACUAUAAUAUCAACAUUUUGCAAAUAUAUCUUGAAUAUAAUCGAAUUGAGACGCGAGGAACCUUGGCAAAAUAAAUCUUUAUAUGUAUUUUACUUGGAACUUGUCACUGAUUUUUUCAAAUUGAUCACGUACCUUAUAUUUUUCGCAAUUAUCCUAAUAUCCUAUGGUCUACCGCUUCACAUCAUUCGCGAUGUAUAUGUCACCUUGCGAUCAUUUCUACAAAAAUGCGGUGAUUUGAUCAGAUAUCGUCGGGCGACGAGAAACAUGAAUGAGCGAUACCCGAACGCAACUGUCGAAGAGCUUGAAAGAUUAAGUGAUCGUACAUGUAUUAUAUGCCGAGAGGAAAUGGUGGCUGUAGUGGAUGGAGCUGCUAAUGCCGCCGAAGCGCCACAAGGAGAUGUUGCUGUAAGGGCUGCACAACGUAGAACACCUCAGCAGCCAGCUAAUAAUGGGUCAGGUGAUACGCCUAAAAAGUUACCUUGUGGACAUAUUUUCCAUUUUCAUUGCCUUAGGAGUUGGCUGGAAAGACAACAAAGUUGUCCUACUUGUCGAAGACCUGUAUUAGAAGCUCCACCAACACAGCAACCACCACAGCAAGCUGCACGGUACUUUGCUAAUCCAAUGCCCGGAUUUAUGGUGUUUCCUCCUCCAGCAAUGCAAAUCCCGGGAUUAAUUCCGCUUUUUCAUACAUGGCCCGGAAGGUAUUCCGCUGGUCCACCUAAUUUAGGAAAUGGGAGUUCAUCUUCAUCCACUCUAGAUCAUUUAUCUGAAGAACAAAUUCGAGUGUUAGAAACGGAAACACGGGAAGCACUCUCGGAACGAAUAAGGGUAUUACAUAAUGUGGAUGAACAAAUAUAUAAUAUUAUCAGUGUUUUAACACAAACAUUAAGUGUAUUACCACCAAUAACAAGUGAUCUACAACGAGGGAACCAGACACAACCAGAUCUUGCAACAUCUAAAAAUACAGUUACAACAGAUUCAACUACAUCUAACAGUAGUAACAAUAUCAAUGGUAACUCGCCUAAUGCGGCGAUUAGUUCAUUCUACAUCAAUAUCAUUGCUGAGUCAAUCAUCGAAGGGAAAGCAAAAGUCAAAAAGUAG